AGCCGAGACCCCCUCAGACUGCGAGGAGCCGGCGGGAUCGGCCAGGCGGCUGCAGCCCUGCACGGAGCCAGAGCCGCUGAUUUAUUAUUUUCUGGGAGGCGUUUGAUUCCGGUGCCAGCGCUGUAUGUCUGUCCGCGGCUCCGCCAGGGAGGGAAUAACCCAUCCGGAGGCUGGAUCCAGGCAGCAGCACAACCUUCCUGCCAAGAUGGCUGCACCAUCUGCAGAGGCUUAUGAGUCAGCUACUGCCUCAGCUCGCCCUUCACUCCAGUAGUAGAGGCUCAUGCUUUUAAAUCCAGAGGUCCUGGGUCGAGCUCUACAGCAAGUCAACCUGGGCAGUGAUUACACCAGCACAUUGCAAAUAACCAGACCCGUGAGUGUGCUGUGAUAACAGGGGACACUUGGGAGCGUAAGAGUUGCUGUAUCGCAGCCGACCUUUAGACCUAAGCUGGCUCGCCAAAUGCCACUGACUCGUGCCUCAACUUCACCUCUGAGUUGCCAUGGCCAAGUUAGAGACCCUGUCUGUUCUUAGUGACCCAAGAUACCAGAACCAGGACACUUUCCACUCGUUUGCCUCCAGGCCCUCUGAAUCUGCCUCCCAAAACACUAUGGGAAGCGUGGGCAGCGGAGUCGCCAAUGAGCAAGAGUUUGCAAUGAAGAGCGUGGGAACUAGGACUCAGAGCAGCAGCAGGCAGGCUGAUGGCUCGCGGAAUGGCUAUUCCACGCGGGAGAUCUCUAACCGUUACUCUGGGGAGGAGAAAACCUACAAGUCAGAGAUCUCCAACUCCCUCUACAUCAAUGGGGACAUGCGCAAGAGUGAGAAGAUGAAGACAGACAUUUGUGGGAACGUUGCGGCCAACAACGAGAAAAACCUGCCACCUCCUCCCCAGUACAGAGAACCCAGUAACCCACCAAAGAUAUUGCCAGUCUCUGGCAAAUUGGACCAGAGCAAUGAGCCCUUAGUUAGACCUUCAGCCUUUAAACCAGUAGUUCCUAAAAACUUCCAUUCCAUGCAGAAUCUCUGCCCGCCACAGAACAAUGGAAUAACAGAGAACAGAAAGAGCUUGAAUCACACCAACAGCAAUAGCCCGUCUGCAGGCAAAAGCGGACUGGAGAAGACCAGCCUUAAUAGGAGUACAAACCAAGUGGGAGGUCUUUCCGAUUCUGGCCGUAACUCUUUGACGAGCUUGCCCACUUACGGGACGGGCUACAGUCAGCACGUUGGCCCAAUGAGUGCUUCAACUAGUCACAUAAACCGCAUUGGCACAACCUACGUAGAUAAGAACAUAGUGGGAUACAAUGGAAUAUCUACCUCAGACAGUGGACGGUCUUCAAGCAAGAGUACUUCUUCUUUCAAUAGGCUCAACCAUCUGAAUGAAACAAUGCCUUUCCAUUCCCCCUCGACAGAUGACGUUAUCCAGGACCUGGAGGACAGGCUGUGGGAGAAGGAGCAGGAGGUCCUGCAGAUGAGAAGAAACCUGGACAAAAGUGAGGCUGCCAUCUUCCAAGUGUUUGAGGAGAAGCAAAAGGUCUGGGAACGUGAAAUGGAGGACCUCAGGCAAAAUUAUGCAAAUAAACUACAGCAGGUCUCCAAGAAGGCCCAGAGGGCUCAACAGGCCUUGCAGCUCCAGAUCUUCAAGCUCCAGCAAGAGAAAAAAAAGCUCCAGGAUGAUGUGGGGCAACUUCUCCAGCAGCGAGAAGAGCUGGAGAAAAAAAUUGUGGCUUUCAAGAAAGAACAGGCUGAGUUUCUUCCCAAGAUUGAAGAAACCAAGUGGGAGGUGUGCCAGAAAGCUGGUGAGAUCUCACUCCUCAAGCAACAACUGAAGGAUUCGCAAGCUGAUGUCUCUCAGAAACUGAAUGAGAUAGUGGGGCUGCGGACUCAGCUCAAAGAAGGUAAGAACUUCCUGAGAGAGAAGGAAGAGCAGAUCACCACCCUGAAAGACUCCUGCAGCUCCAAGACUGUCAGCCUGGAGAUCUGCGAGAAUGAGCUGCAAAGAAAGAUGAGUGAGGUGCAGAUGCUAAGGGAAAAACUCAACCACUGUGAGCUGGAGGUCUCUGGCCUGAAGCAGACACUGGCCAGCAUGGGGCACCAUGGCCAUUUCAAUUCAGAGCUCACUGAGAAACUAAGGGACCCGUUGGCAUGUGAGAGCGAUGAGGCUAAGAUGAAGCGCCAAAAUGAGGACAAUGUCAUUGCCCUGAAGAAGGAGGUUGAGCGGCUCCAGACGGAGCUGAAGCUGGAGCGCCAGCAGCGGGAGCAGCAGGUGAUGGACUUUGAGGAGGAGCAGCGCACGUGGCAGGAGGAGAAGGAGAAAGUGAUCAAAUACCAGAAGCAGCUACAGCUGAACUACGUGGAGAUGUACCAGAAGAACCAGCUCCUGGAACAAAAGGUGAAUGAGAUGACCACCAAGGCCACCAGCCCGCCUUACACUGAGGAGAAAAAACCAUGGACUCCAUCCAGGCUGGAGCGAAUAGAGUCCACGGAGAUCUAACAAAGGACCAAGUCAAUAAAAGUAAUUUUUAUUACUGUGCAUGUACUACCUACUCCAGCCAGUGAUCUUCCUAAGAAUAAUGUACUAUUUUACCAGAAGUGUGAAUGCACCGAACCCCUCACCCCUUACUUUCUUCCUCAGUGCUCUGUAAGUAAACUAACCUUGGAUGUACAUUGUUAUACUAUUGAUGAUGCUACAUCAGUUUCUCCUAGUACAGCAAGGAAGGGCCCAGUGGCCCUUUAGGAAUCUGCCGUGACUGUUACUUCUCUAUAUGCUGCCAUCUCUUCCACCAUCAUCAAUUCCCCUGCCCUCUGUGUUGGUUUUUUCCUGCCCAUCAGUUCAUGCAGCAAAACAGUGCAAAGUGACAGGGUUUUUCAGGGCAUUUUAUUCACAUUGGCUAAUAGAGCAAAGCUCUUGGGAUCCGAAGAACUGUGCAGUUCAGCACGUCACGGUAUCGAUGAUACUUGUCUGACAGCCUAAUCCAAUGAAGUCAGUAGGAGGUUUGCCAUUGACUUCAGUGAAACAAGGCUUUGACCCUAUUCAAAUAAGGCUCUAUAGCAAAUGCAUUGCUAACAAUUACCAAGGUCCAUGAUGUCACUAGGGGUUAGAAUAAGCCAGCUGAGGUACAAUGAGCCAACACCAACCGCUGCCCGAAAUGAACUGAGAGUUGCAUUUGAGGUUCCAAAAACAUGCUGUGCUUUCACUUUGCUAUUUACAUUCACGUCCCCUCCCACUUCUUGGCAAUGAUCAGGACUAGAAGCAGAAAUGACAGCAAACCCCAAAAUAAGGAAUCCCCAGUAAUACAGGCAGCAAUUCCCAUUCCUCAGGAGAGAUCCCAGAGGACAGAACUUUGACUAAUCUUCAGAGAAGUAUUCAGACUCCUUCCACAUUUAUCCAAACCAGAAAUGAACCUGUGGGGGACGCCAGGUGGCAACACUAUCCCAUUCCCAAAAGAAAGGUGCCAGGGUUGACUUUCCUCUUGCCGUUGUUCCCUGUAGAAGUGGUUACAGACGGGCCUCAGGAAACCACCGCUGUGCUAAUGAACAAGCAUCAGCAUCAUGGAUAGAUGUGGCAGGAGUUAAGACCCUAGCAUAGGAAGUAACUUAGACCCCAGUUCAACUGAGGACCCAAGCACUAGAAUGGGUUACCUAGGGAGGUGGUGGAAUCUCCUUUCUUAGAGGUUUUUAAGGUUAGGCUUGGCAAA